AGUCCUCCAGACACGCCCCGUCCCCCUCACACACGGUACACGGUCGCGCUGCAUGCUGGGAAGUCUACACCCAACAUGGCAGGAGACUUGAAAAGAUUGUGGGGCGCCCGGCGAGAGGAAGAGAGCGGAGAGGAGGAGGCCUGAGGCGGGGACAUGAGUUGCUCCUGUGGUCACUAUCACAAGGUUACUGUUCCUCGGCACCAGUGACUUCACCCCGUCAUACCUGCUGCUCCCACCAGAGGGCGCCGCGCUCCAUAACCCUCCUGUGGCUGCUGGGCUGUAGGCAUGUCAUUGACCUCCCCAUCACGGGCGACAGCGACACCAUCCCCCACCUCUCCCCGCUCCUCAUCAACCGCACAGGAUCGUAAGAGGAGGAGACUCCGCAGGUGAGAGAUGGAAGAUGAUGGCAAGAAGGGCAAAAAGCAGCCUGGAAUCGUGUCUCCAUUCAAACGGGUGUUCCUGAAGGGGGAGAAGGGGCGAGACAAGAAGGCUCAGGAGAAGGUGACGGAGCGGAGGCCUCUGCACACCGUAACCGCGUCCCAGGCCGAGCAUCGCGUGGAGCCGGAUGUGCUGCUGAACGAUUACAUAGAGAAAGAAGUGAAGUAUUUAGGGCAGCUGACCUCCAUCCCCGGAUACCUCAAUCCUUCCAGCCGGACAGAAAUUUUGCAACUUCUUGACAAUGCGAAGCGACUGCACCAGCUCCCGGCUCAUCUCACCCAGGAACAUGACGCGGUCAUCAGCUUGUCCGCCUACAACGUAAAGGUGGUGUGGAGAGACGGGGAGGACAUCAUCCUGCGGGUCCCCAUACACGACAUCGCUGCCGUCUCCUACAUCCGGGACGACUGCCUGCACCUGGUGCUGCUCAAAACAGCUCAGGACCCCGGGAUCUCCCCCAGUCAGAGCCUGUCUGCCGAGAGCGGUAAAGUGCUGACCUCAGGAUCGCUGUCGGAGUGCGGGACGGGCCCCGUGGAGUCCUGCUGCCUGGUCAUACUGGCGACAGAGAAUAAAGCGGCUGCGGAAGAACUGUGCUCCCUGCUGGGCCAGGUCUUUCAGAUCGUCUACACAGAAUCCACCAUCGACUUCUUGGACAGGGCCAUAUUCGAUGGAGCCUCCACCCCGACGCGCCACUUGUCUUUGCACAGCGACGAUUCAUCCAGUAAGGUGGAGGUGAAGGAGGCCUACGACUUGGAAGCCGGAGCCUUCUCUUUCCAGGAUUCGCCAGAUAUUGAGGGGAACUCUCCUCCUCACAAUAAGACGGCCAGCGAGAGCGAGCUGAGCGCCACGGCGGCAGAAUUACUGCACGACUACAUGAUGACGCUGAGAACGAAGCUUUCAUCCCAAGAGAUCCAGCAGUUUGCGAUGCUUCUCCACGAGUAUCGGAACGGCGCCUCCAUCCACGAAUUCUGCAUCAACCUCCGGCAGCUGUACGGGGACAGCAGGAAGUUUCUGCUUCUCGGACUCCGACCUUUCAUCCCCGAGAAGGACAGCCAACAUUUCGAGAACUUCUUGGAAACGAUCGGCGUGAAGGACGGCCGCGGGAUCAUCACGGACAGCUUCGGCCGCUACAGACGGACAAUGAGCACCGCCUCCAACUCCACCACCAACGGCAACGGGGCGGCGGAGGGAUCGGACGACCAAUCAGUGCCGUCUGAAGGAGACGAGUGGGACCGGAUGAUCUCCGACAUCAGCAAUGACAUUGAGGCCCUCGGGUGUAGCAUGGACCAGGACCCCCCACUGCCAGGACCGGCAAACUACUCCUGAUCCUACCCCAUCCCCCACACACACACCAGCAGCGCUCAGUCCAGUGCCACCGGUGGGUAUGGUGACAUUUUCACCACGCUGCUUACAGAAGUUAUCGCAGCAUUGGUGCACACUUUAUGGCGGCGGUGCCUUCCCCGUUACUAGACGGAAACCUUGGUGCCCAAACCUUGAUGGUCAUGUGGGUGACUUUUAUACUCCGAGACAAUUUGUUACACCCCAACCACCCUUAUACAUUUUGUCAUUUUCACGUAACCAGGACUGAAUUUCUACGAUGAAGUUUUCUAGUUUGCACAAGAACUUUUUACAUUGUUUCGCUCGUGAUCCACUAUUUGUGUGUUUUUUUAUUUUUUUUUAAUAUAUAUAUAUAUAUAUAUAUAUAUAUAUAUAUAUACCGUAUUUUUCGCCGUAUAAGACGCACUUUUUCUUCCCCAAAACUGGGGGGAAAAAGUCGGUGCGUCUUAUACGGCGAAUACACCCUUAUGGCGGCGGUCCCUGCGGCCAUCAACGGCCGGGACUCGCAGCUAAUACAGGACAUCACCGAUCGCGGUGAUGCCCUGUAUUAACCCUUCAGACAAAGCUGACCGCCGCGUCUGAAGGGAAAGUGACACUAACCCGGCUGUUCAGCGAUUUCACCGCGGCGUCCCGAACAGCCCGGCUGAACAGCCGGGUUAGUGCUUACAGGACACCGGGAGGGACCUUACCUGCCUCCUCGGUGUCUUCUCCGUUCAGGGAUCCCCUGUAUGGCCGGCGCUCUCCUUCCUCGUCGUCGCGUACGUGCGUCGGCGUGCGUAACGACGUGAUGGCGGCGACGGAGAGCGAGGAUACCCGGCCGGCAGCAGAGACGUUCCGGAGCGACAGGGACACGGCGACAGCGAUGGAGCGACAUCCAGGGCAGCGGUGACGGGUCCGGAGCGGCGGGGACACGUGAGAAUUACCUCCUAUGCAGUGGUCU